AGAGUUCGCCGUUGCCAAGCCGAGCGAGGUUCCGGACGCCCCAACCACUCAGACUCAGCUGCCCCUCUUAAGCGAUAGCGGAGAGCGCCGUGUAUAUCAUCGAAAGCGCCGGAGUCGCGCGAGACAACGAGCGAAGAGCCCUCGGACUCUUGUUGGCGCGAAGGGCACGCAUCGUGACAGAAGGUCCGGCGGCGGCACUACCCGGCAGCUCGACGGCCGUUCGCAUAGCGGCGACCAUGCAACUCAAAAGUUUGAUCGUUCUUGGAACAGCCCUGGUCGUUGCAUCAGGCGCUCGGGUGCGCUUCCUGCAAUGCGAGGACGGCAGCUUGUGCCCCGACGGCGCGACGUGCUGCAAGAUCGACGACGAGGCGUGGGGCUGCUGUCCCUACGAGUUCGGCCAGUGCUGCGAGGACGGCCGCCACUGCUGUCCGACGGGCUACAGCUGCGACGGCGCCAACAGCAGCUGCACGCACAAAGUCACUCAGAAGCGGCUCUUCGGGACGGUGCUCGAGCGGGUCCCGCCGCUCGCACGAGACCAGCGCGAUCAAGUGUCCGGAGAAUCGUCGGUAGGAAAUAUCCGCUGCCCUGACGGAAACUACUGCCUCGACGGCCAGACCUGUUGCCUCCUCGCAUCCGGCCAUUACGGCUGCUGUCCUUAUCAGCAUGCCGAGUGCUGCAGUGAUCACAGUAGCUGCUGUCCCGAGGGAUACAAGUGCAGGGUGUCUACGCACCAGUGCGUUCAAGCGACCACCAACCACACCGUGGCUAUGGUCAAGAAGGUGGACCCGAUCGUUCCUGCACUCACGAGCGUGGCCAGCCUCCGUAAUGAACUGUUCGUAAAGAACAUCCGUUGUCCUGAUGGAAACUACUGCAACGACGGCCAGACGUGCUGCCUCCUGACAAGUGGCCAGUAUGGCUGCUGUCCGUACGCGCACGCACAGUGCUGUAGCGAUCACGAAAGUUGCUGUCCUGAAGGAUACAUCUGCAAGGUAUCCACCCGUCAGUGUCUGCAUGCGGCCAGCAACCACACAAUGCCUAUGGUCCAGAAGGUCCAGCCUGUACUGCUUUCUUCAGCGACUCCUGAGGUUACCGGUGAGCUGAUUCGAUGCCCCGAUGGAGCCUACUGCCAGGACACCCAGACCUGCUGCCUUCAAAAGUCAGGGCGAUACGGCUGCUGCCCGUACGUUCACGCGCAGUGCUGCAGUGAUCAUGCCAGUUGCUGCCCCGAGGGUUUCCGCUGCAAGGUCUCUACUCGGCAAUGCAUCCACGCCACAAGAAACCACACAGUAGCGAUGCUCGAGAAAGUCGACAGCAUCGUUCCGGAGCUUGUUGAAUUGCCACUACAGAAGUCUGACGGACGGCUAAUACACUGUCCGGAUGGGAGGAUGUGUUUCGACAACCAGACCUGCUGCGAGCUGUUCGACGAGACCUACAACUGUUGUCCCUACCCGCGAGCAACGUGUUGUGAAGAUUUCGGCAGCUGCUGCCCCGAGGGGUUCCGCUGCAUAAUAACCUUGCAGAAGUGCGUCAAGAUAGCCACUGGUGAAACGAUGCCUAUGCAUUCUCGACACAAUCUAAGAGGUGCAGCGAAGACAGUGCCGCCGCCGACUUUCACGACUGGCGUCACGUGCCCCGACGGACACAAGUGUCUAAACGGCCAGACCUGCUGCCAAUUGACAAGCGGUAAAUACGGCUGCUGUCCGCUGCCCGAAGCUGUGUGCUGCCCGGACCACCUGACAUGCUGUCCCAAAGGCUACCAGUGCCACGUCGCCACGCAGACGUGCACGCUGGCUGACCACACGGUGCCUGCGGUGCGGAAGCUGUCGAGCUUCAUGAAUGCUGCGUUGAUUGAAGUGGCUGAAUCGCCGGUAGGAAAUGUCCGCUGCCCUGACGGAAGCUACUGCCUCGACGGCCAGACCUGUUGCGUCCUCGCAUCCGGCCAUUACGGCUGCUGUCCUUAUCAGCACGCCGAGUGCUGCAGCGAUCACAGUAGCUGCUGUCCCGAGGGAUACCAGUGCAGGGUGUCUACACACCAGUGCGUUCAUGCGACCACCAACCACACUGUGGCUAUGGUCAAGAAGGUGGACCCGGUCGUUCCUGCACUCAGGAGCGUGGCCAGCCUCCGUAACGAACUGUCCGUACAGAAAAUCCGUUGUCCCGAUGGAAACUACUGCAACGACGGCCAGACGUGCUGCCUCCUGACAAGCGGCCAGUAUGGCUGCUGUCCGUACGCGCACGCACAGUGCUGCAGCGAUCACACAAGUUGCUGUCCUGAAGGAUACAUCUGCAAGGUAUCCACGCGUCAGUGUCUUCACAAGGCCAGCAACCACACAAUGCCCAUGGUCCAGAAGGUCCAGCCUGUACUGCUUUCUGCGGCGACUCCUGAGGUUACCGUGCCCAACCAGCUGUGCCCGGACGGCAACGAGUGUGAGGACGACCAGACCUGCUGCUUGCUACAAAGCGGCUCGUACGGCUGCUGCCCCUACAACCAGGCGGUCUGCUGCGACGACAAGGAGCACUGCUGCCCGGCUGGAUACACGUGCGACGUGCAGGCCGCCAGGUGCAUCAAGGGGGACCUGUCCUCCCCCCUGAUGCGUCCUCUAGUUCCGAAGCGCCGCAGCAGGCUCACGAACACGAUCCUUGUGGACGAAGUGAAGACUACCUGCCCCGACCAGAGCACCUGUCCGGACAAGAUGACCUGCUGUCAGUCUAAAAACAGCACGUACGUGUGCUGCCCGUUUGACAAGGCCACCUGCUGCAAGGACGGGGAACACUGCUGUCCCGGGGGCUACCAGUGCGACGAGGCCCGACGGAUGUGCACACGCAAGCUACGCCCAGAGGACGUGCCGGCACUCAACGAAUUCCCGAGCGACGCGAAUCUUUAGAAGGAUUGCGCCUCCUCUACGUUAUAACGAGGAGCGGGGGCUAAGAGCGAAACGCUACAAAAGAUAUUGAGAUUGCCAACGAGUGCGUUAUUUGCUUUUUUUUUUUUCACUGAUCACUCACGAAGCACUUGUUCGAAAUAGUCAAGAAUCAUUGUUGUGUGUUCCGAUUGUUCAAAUAAAGCGAGUUUUUUCUUUUUUGUA